CUCUUGUUCAGCACCCAAAGUCGAAGGAUAGCUCUGGCCUUUCAAUGGAAGAAAGUGCUAGAUUUGUCAGUGUUGUAUAACAUUAUAACCAACUCUCAAGUUCCAUAUUUUGCUUUGGGGCGAUCGCGGUUUGUCUUCACCUGUUGUGAGAGACAAGAGCUGGCGUCCAACAUGCGUAAAAAUCAACGCUGUCCAAGCAGGGAACCGCCGAGAAACGAAUUACCGCCGCUCAACUGAGGCCAAUCUCGAUUUAUCUUUUUUUUUCUACAAUAAGGAAACAUUAACUCAGCUAGCUGGCUAACAUCACUUCUGCGGGUAGCUUGGUUAACGACAUAUCUUCAACUUGUAGCGAAGCCAGAUAGCCGGGAUUGGAACUUCACUCGCACAGCGCAGGAGAAAAGUUGUAGGCAGCGAUGGGUGCUUUCCUGGACAAGCCGAAGACGGAGAAGCACAGCGCCCACGGUGACGGAAACGGGCUACGCUACGGUCUGAGCUCCAUGCAGGGCUGGCGGGUGGAAAUGGAGGAUGCCCACACGGCGGUGGUGGGCCUUCCCCAUGGACUCACCGACUGGUCUUUCUUUGCCGUUUACGAUGGCCACGCCGGCUCGCGGGUCGCCAACUACUGCUCCGGGCACCUGCUGGAGCACAUCCUGUCAGGAGGCACCGAGUUCGGAUCGGGGCCCGGCUCCGUGGAGGGCGUAAAGGACGGGAUCCGCUCGGGCUUUCUGAACAUUGACGAAUACAUGCGCAACUUCUCCGACCUGCGGCAGGGCCUGGACCGCAGCGGGUCGACAGCCGUGUGCGUGCUGCUCAGCCCCACUCACCUCUACUUCAUUAACUGCGGCGACUCGCGGUCCGUGCUGUGUCGAGACGGAAAGGUGGGCUUCUCCACUCAGGACCACAAGCCCUGCAACCCCCGCGAAAAGGAGCGCAUCCAGAAUGCUGGCGGCUCGGUCAUGAUCCAGAGGGUAAACGGCUCCCUGGCAGUGUCACGAGCUCUUGGGGACUACGACUACAAAUGUGUGGAUGGUAAGGGCCCCACGGAGCAGCUGGUGAGCCCGGAGCCGGAGGUUUGCGUGUUGGAGAGGGCGUCCGAAGGAGACGAGUUUGUGGUUCUGGCGUGCGACGGAAUCUGGGACGUCAUGUCCAACGAAGAGCUGUGUGAUUUUGUACGAUCACGACUAUUGGUUUGUGAAGAUCUGGAAAAGAUAUGUAACUCGGUGGUGGACACCUGUCUUCAUAAGGGAAGCAGAGACAACAUGAGCGUGGUGUUGGUGUGUUUGCCCGGAGCGCCUAAGAUCUCAGAGGAGGCCAUGAAAAAAGAAGAAGAAUUGGAUAAAUAUCUAGAAACGCGUGUUGAGGAGCUGCUGGGAAACUGUGGGGAGGAGGGAGUCCCUGACCUGGUGUCUGUCCUAAGGAAUAUCGCCUCAGAAAACAUCCCUAACCUUCCGCCUGGUGGAGGCCUGGCCAGCAAGCGCAGUGUUAUCGAGGCGGUGUACAACAAACUGAACCCUCACAGAGAAGAGGAAGGGGGGGGAGGAGAGGAGGUGGAGGAUGAGGAGGAGAGUGAGGAGGGAGGUGGCAGCACAGCAGCUCAUCUGAUGGAGGCUCUGCGGCAGUUCCGUCUCCACCACCGGGGGCAGUAUCGCACAGUGCUGGAGGAGUCUCUGGCCUCCUACCAUCUGCGAGGGGAGGGCACUGUCGAGGGAGCCGGGGAGAUCAGGAGGACCUCUGACGACGGCGAUGAAGAGGAGCAGACCGACUCCCCGCGCUCGCCCCCGCCCUCGCCCGCUCCUGUGGAGGCGGAGGCCGGCCAAGAUGCCCCAAAGCCUGAUAUCUCCUCUGACUGAGCGCGCAGCCAAUCAUCCACCCUCCUCCAGGGAUGACCUCACUCCUCUUUCCCCAGCCACAGACCUUGACUAGGCAGAUUGGCCAUUAUUUUUGUUAAUUUUCUCAUUAAUUAAACAAUUUUAUGAUCAUAUUAAAAUAAAAGUAGCCUUUCUGUGUAUUCAAAUUCUGUUUCCAACUCUCCACCGUUUAAAGAAGAGUCUAUUUCCUUUUUUUUGUAGAAACUAGUCAACCAUCAUAUGUUGGUUAUUGCAGAAAUCAAAGUGAAAUUUCCCAGUGCUUACUUUGGACUUGCAUUCUUCCUCUGCACUCCUCUUUCCCUCUCUCCAUGAUUCACUCAGAAACACAUAGUUUCUCUUUGCACAGCAGAAAAUGAAACUAUUAUAUGAAUAAGGGAGUAAAUGUAGCUCAGAGCGUCCGAACAAAAGCUUAAGGUGGAAAAUCUUGAAAACCAAUUUGUUUGCAGAUGCGUUUAAUCUGUUCGUAGAUCUUAUCUGCCCUCAUCAACCUUUGACCUUCUCUUAAUCCAAACUACAUGGAGGGUGAAUGCAGAUACCUGGUUAGAAGAAAAAAAAUGAACAAAACAAUUUAUUUGCAAGUUACAACACAUAUAAUGCCUUCCACAUUUAUUAGCACCCCUUGGUAAAGAUGUGUUUAAAAGAUUUAAAGUUUUUAAUAAAGCCCUUAGUUUUCUACUACAUUUCAUUAGAUCAGUGUUUCCCAACCCUGGUCCUCAAGACACAUUGCCCUUCAUGUAUCAGAUUCCCCACUUUACUGAACAAUCAGCAUGAGUUAAUUUUCUACAAUGGAGUUUUAGAGCCACAUUAAGAAAAUAUUCACUAAAGAUUGCAAGAAGAAAAUCGCGCUUUCUUCUCGUAAAGUCAAAAUAUGAGAAUAAAGUCGUAGUAUUACAAGAAUGAAGUAAUAUUAUUACCAGAAUGAAGUCGCAAUAGUCCAACGCGAAUAAGCAGUGUUACAACCGCUGUGUCACAGUUCUCUUAAUAUAACUUUAUUCUUCUAAUACUACAACUUUAUUCUCGUAUGAGUUUUUUCUCAUAAUAUCACUUUUCUUUU